AUGGCUGCUUCAAGGCUCCUCCGACCGGCCUCCCGCCUCGUCUCGGCUUCGCGGCCAGCGCCCGCCUUCCGACCAGCUUUCCGCGCCGCAGCCAUCACACCGUCAAUUGCAAGGAGAGGAUAUGCGUCGGGCCAGAAGGAGAUGACUGUGCGAGAGGCGCUCAACGAGGCCAUGGCCGAGGAGAUGGAGCGAAACGACAAGGUCUUCGUUCUCGGAGAGGAAGUCGCGCAAUACAACGGAGCUUACAAGGUCACAAAGGGCCUGCUCGACCGCUUCGGCGAGAAGAGGGUUAUCGACUCUCCCAUCACAGAGUCUGGUUUCGCCGGUCUCACUGUCGGUGCUGCGCUCGCUGGUCUCCACCCCAUUUGCGAGUUCAUGACCUUCAACUUCGCCAUGCAGGCCAUUGACCAGAUCAUCAACUCUGCCGCAAAGACACACUACAUGUCCGGUGGUAUCCAGCCCUGCAACAUCACCUUCCGCGGUCCCAACGGUUUCGCCGCUGGUGUCGCUGCUCAGCACUCGCAGGAUUACACUGCGUGGUACGGAAGCAUUCCUGGACUGAAGGUCGUCUCCCCAUACAGCGCCGAGGAUGCCAAGGGUCUGUUGAAGGCAGCCAUCCGUGACCCCAACCCGGUCGUCGUUCUCGAGAACGAACUUCUGUACGGUCUUUCGUUCCCCAUGAGCGAGGAGGCCCAGAAGGACGACUUCGUCAUUCCUUUCGGAAAGGCCAAGAUCGAGCGCCCUGGCAAGGACCUCACCAUCGUCACCCUCUCCCGCUGCGUCGGCCAAUCCCUCGUCGCCGCCGAACAACUCAAGUCCAAGUACGGCGUUGAGGCUGAGGUCAUCAACCUCCGCUCCAUCAAGCCCCUCGACGUCGAGGCUAUCGUCAAGUCCGUCAAGAAGACCGGCCACAUGCUCUGCGUAGAGUCCGGUUUCCCCUCAUUCGGUGUCGCAUCUGAGAUUAUGGCGCUUACUUGCGAGUACGCUUUCGACUACUUGGAGGCACCCCCCGCCCGUGUCACUGGUGCUGAGGUCCCCACACCAUACGCCCAGAAGCUUGAGGAGAUGAGCUUCCCCACCGAGAGCUUGAUCGUAGACUACGCUGCUAAGCUACUCAGGCGACAAGCACUUACAAUGUCUACUGACGAGACUGCUGUUGGCUCGCUACCUAGCAUCGACGAAUGGUUCGACUACGUGCUCGAUUCUGAGGACGGCCAUGAGUUGCACUCUUCGCCUCGCAACAGUGAUCACGAAUCGUGUGGCGAAGACUUUGAAGAAUGGAAUGAAAUGCACGCAACUGAGCAUGAAAACGAAUAUGCCGGUGAUGACCCAACUACGAACGACCUUGAAGAAUGGCAUCAUAAUCAGAACGAUGCAUGGAGCGAAGCUGAAGCGCAGGCAGAUGCUGGGACUGCAGAGUCGAUCGAAACGAUUGCGCCUGAAGACAAAAUACAACUCGCGAAGACAAUUAGAGACGGCAUUCAUCGUUGCAAGCAAGCUAUGGAUAACAGUAGUGCCAAGUUGGAACAGGACAUCGAAGAUGCGAACCAAUCUUUUCACGCCGAGAUUGGUUUGAUGAACGAGUGGCACGAGCGCAUCAAGACGCAAGACCUCAUCUUGGACAAGAGAAAGGAAAUUCAUGUUCGCCUGCCUACAAAUCAAGUCGUUACUCCGGCUCACAACGCUUUGGUUGACGAAGACGCCAAGGAGGGUAUCCUCAUUGCCGACUCAUUCGGAGCUAUCAAGACAGAAAAGGCGAACAUUCGGGCAAAGCUGGCUAGCCAAGUUGAGAAGGCCGAGGACGCGUACAGAAGAGACUCUGUCACACUCAGCACGCAGAUAGAAUGCCUCCGCAAUAUCGCAGAGCUGUCAGGUAUCGACCUUGACACGGGUUUCGAGGAGUAUAUCUUUUGCGAACCGGUAGCUCCAGUAAUUAGCGUUCAACCAUCAAGUCAAGCUCAAGGUCCUUCAGCCAAUCGACCGAGGCAAAGUAAUACUGCCGGCGCAAACAAGCGCCAGAGACCUACAGUGCCAGUCGUCAGUAUCGAUGAGAAGGACUGCUCCGACUGCGGCCGUCUACAAGAGCAACUGUCUACAGUACAUAGAAAGAUCGAUCGAAUCCAGGCCGCUGCUCCAGUCCCGGACGUGCGAAAGUUCAUCAAACACGGCGAGCAGAUCCUUUCUGAACUUAUCCAUCAACGCGAUUCUGCGGACGGAGCAGCAGCCAAAGAGCUAGAAGACAAGAAGUUAUCCACGGAAGCAGCUCUCAAAGACCUGGCCAAUGAACAGGCACGCAUCAAGAAGAUUUAUAUUGGUAUUGGUCAUCUCUGGGAGCACGAGAAUCAGGACCUCUGGCAAAAGACGUUUGAUUUGUGUCGCGAGGAAUUGGUUCGCAUCAAAAAGGAGCAACAGGCGCUUGAGAACCAUGACUCCAGAUGUGAUGAGAAGCUAAACAAGCGUCAGUGGAACUCAAGGGAGCUUCUUGUCAAGCAGAUCAAGUUUUACGACUCUUUGCUGUGUCUGGCGAGGAGCCAUGUCCGGGUACUGCGCAAGCCCACCAUGACACUAAGCGAUAUCGCCGAAGGUCUAAAGCAACGAAAUGCUGUUCGACUGAACAUGCUCAAGGAUACCAAGAAAAACCUCAACACCAUCGUCGACGAACUUAUCGACGAGCACUUGAACGAAAGCGAUCAAUCAGGUGGACCGACAAAGAAGCGGAGGCUUGACGAGUCUACUACUAUCACCGGAACCAUUCCAUUGUCGGCGGACGAAAAAGAGUCUCUCGAAAACAAGAUCAAGGACGCUAGGGACAACUGCGAAGUUGCUUAUAAGCUGAGCGUCGCGGCACUUAGGGAGGCACGAAAGGAAGCUUUCGAACAACACUUAGCUGGCCUGAGGGCAUUGAUGGACAUACAUCAACUUCUCGUAGAUGACCUGGUGUAUAUUCACAAAAGAUCACACUAUGCGAGAGGCCUGUUGUGCUCUCCAGUCACCGCGCCGAUUCGCGAACAAAUUUUGGAUGAUUGCAAUGGUGGACUGGCUCGUAUGGAAAAAUACAACGCGAUCAGUUCAGUGGAGUCUGAACGUAUCAAGACAAGAUUUACAGAAAGAAUGGAGGUCGCUCGGUCGGAAUAUGUGCGAGAAGAGAAGGCAUACGUAGAGUUCUUGAGCAGUCUUGAGCUCCAGACCUCUAGUGCAGGGAUUGAGCUCGGUCUUGAGACGAAGGAGCAGAUGUUGGAUAGGUGGUUCGAGGAAGUUUCAUCAGAGAAAGAGCACUAUCAGCAGCUGAAACAAGAUUGCAGAUCAGUUCUCGGAGGACUGGCAGCUCAAAAAGGAAACGACACAAAAGCUUCGCAAGAGACUCUCAACAUGGAUUGGAUUCGCAAGCGUCGUGAUGAGCGCAAACGCAAAAGACUGGCAGCCCGCCGGACCUUACUCAACAAUUCCCAGCUCAAACUUGAUACCAAACAAACACAGAAUAAGUCAACAAUGGGAUCAAUUUCCAAGAGGUUCUUCUCGAUUCGCCGUCAACGAGGUGCGGAUACUUGCUUGACAAGAUACGAUCUGCUCGAACAAACUGGUGGAGAACCAGAGUAUGCAACCCCAGCAACAGAAGGAGAGACAAGAGCGAGACUAAAGCAAUCGCUUCCGUCGAUGGAGAUAGACAACGGAGAAGAGAUGCUUCGCAACCCAUUCGGCACACCAAGUCCACCACCACGACUGCAACCCACCAAUUUGGUACCGACUGCCGGCCAGCAAAACGUAUCUACCACCUCAAGGUCAUCAGAACAGCUACGACCCUCUGAUUCAUCAUCGGAAGCCGGCCAGCGACCGACACCAACCUCAGAAGUUGAUGACGCUACAAGCCAAACCUGGCUUGAGCGAGUAAGCAGCACCAUCCGCCGCAAACCCACUAUCAAAGCUUUGCAAGCGUACAAGAGUGGGGGAAUCCGCUCAGCCUGGGCGUACACUCUUCCCAGAAACUGGAAAACGCGUAACACCGCGGCUACGAAAGCCUGGGUUGAUAGUGCCGCGGUGGUCGACGAGCCGCAGCCCACUGGAUCAAUGGAUGACAUGGAUAUCGAUAACGAAAGGAGAAGUCCCCUUCCAAGUCACUGGCGUGAUCGUGCAGGAUCGCAACAGACUUUUACAAGAAGAACAAGUGAGGUUGUUGGAGCUGACAGUGAGGUAGGAGAUUGGAAUAGUCCUAGGGCAUCGGGAGAUAGGGACGCCCAAGUAGUCGAAGAAGAGAUAGACCAAGAGUUUAGAGACUGGGCGAAUCAUCACAAGAUGCUGGUUGAGCAGUAUGAUCCACUUGUUGAGGCAGCAACAACGCUGUCAAUGUUGAACAAGCUGCGCGUCUUACUGAGCUUGGUGCUCAUCGCCAUCUUCGCCACGAGCUCAGAUGAGCUACGCAUCACAAUCAGCACCCUCUUCUCUUGGGCCCUAGGCCAUGUCCUCAUACAUCGUCUCGCGCUACCGAUGAGGUACCGAAAAGCCCUCAACGCCUACAUCCUGGUGUCGUUUUGCCUGCUGGCGGGCCUAAACGACCCUUUCUACCAAAACACCUUCGGUCGCCUCCUGGACCUCUUCUUCGAGCGAGACCGCUGCGAUCCAGACUUGCCUGGGUCGGGUUUCACCGACUGGCACGAGACGUUCCGCCGUCGCAAGGCUUACGAGAUUGAUCAUGCGUGGCAGUUUCUCCGCGCUGUUUUCUUCUGGACGUUCGUGGCGAUCUCCCUCCCGAUCGUCAUUCCGCUCGCCCACUGGCUUUAUGCCAACAUCAACAAGGAGACGGAACUGGAGAAGGCUUUUGCCUACAUUCAGAUGCACGGCGAGCGGCCGCCGUGGUCGUACAAGCAGCCGGAGGCCACAGUGGUGUUCAAGAGGGACACAAGAUACAAUCUCACGAGUAGCGAGCUCAUCUUUGUCUGUGGUCCUGGUGGAGGGUAUGAGACGGUGAUCGAUGGCGACAUCGAGGGUGCAAUCUGGCGCCGGCGUGCGCUGAGACCGAGAUUCGCAUGA